AUGAAGAUCGUGUGGCUGCUAACGGUCUGGGCGGCAGCAUUAGUUUGUGUCAAUGGCGCUGAGCACCUGCAUUUUGUCACAGAAGAGUCUCUGGAAGAGAUUCGGGAGGACGAGACACGAAAGCUGACAUCCGUCCAGCUGGCGAUAGCUUCGGGUGUUUUGCUCUAUGACGACGGAGCUAAGACAUGGACUCAUGACUUGUAUCAACUUCUGAUUUCGUGUAGCCAUGGAACAUUGAAGCUAGACCGAAAUGUAGAAAAAGAUCUUAACGACACGACAAUCUUUUUACCUGAUCUUGUCGGUGACUCUUCGCAGAAGCGCUCGAUUAGGGUAGUCACAACGGCGUAUGAGGCACAGCAGAUACUGACCUCUAUAAUCUACCAGCCCGACCUUAACUACCAUCGCACCUGGCUCGGAGCGACCAAUCCUCUUUGUCAAACAGAGAACGAUGGCCAUGAAAAAGUUCAAAUGCAGCUUAUACCGUUUCAAAAUGACGCAUUUAAUUCGCUUGUGGACACGUGCUCCUCGGAUCUUUUCCCUGAGUCAAAGAGUGCGCUGAAUGCUGGUAGUAUACACACUAAGAAAAUUUCAGUAGCAAGCGUCAACGAUCCGCCAACAAUUGAACGAAAAUCUGGUCAUGACUUAGACCUAAGGGCUGGCAGUGCUUGUAUUGGCCUUUCAGAAUUUACGCUCAAUGAUGCUGAAGCUACAGCUUUUGUCAAUGAUCCCAUGGCUGUGAUCCCUCUCUUCACAUUACAACUAGACGUUACAAAUGGAACGUUGGAAGCAAAUCGACAAAUAGCGCUGGAGCACGGGAUUUAUUUCAUUGAAAACGACACAAUUCCUCGCAUUACAUGGAGAUUUUCUGAUAUUUCUGCCAGCUCAUUAAUCUUGAAAGGUGCAAUAUCGGAUCUAAAUAUGUUCCUACCUCUUGUCGAGUAUUGCUUCUCGCCAGAAAUUAGCAUCCCGGUACCUGUAUCAUUACAAGUGACAUUGUCGGACAAUGGUUUUUGCGGUGAUGUUGGUAAAGAACCUCUCUCUGCAUCUCUUAUCGUGCCCAUACGUAUUUUACCAGCCUAUGAUCUGGGAAAAUUCAACUUGUUAGAGACCAGUAUCACCCUGAAGAAUCACAUAGCACCUGUGCCCCUGGAAUACAAACGUGGAAUAGUCGACAAAGUCGAUUGCACGCUUGAAUUAAAUAACGGCGAUGGAAUGCUUAUAGGUAUUGACUUGGGAACCAAUAUUUUGUAUAGGAAGCCAAAUGUGAUUUCUUCAGAUGCAAUAAAUACGUAUCAAAAUGUGUCUGUCCCAACAAGCGGGUUAAUCAUUCGGUUUUUUGAUGAACAAAGCAACGGCGAGGCUAUCACUUUUAGACUCUCUAGAUACGUUUGCAGCCUUAAAGGCAAAUGUCAUCAGCAGACAAGUGCUCUACUCCAUGAAGAGUCUUCAAACCAAGAAAUUAUUGAAGCAUUUCAAGCCAUCACAAGUACCAUUGAAAGCGUUUCUGAUUUGCAAAUCAUACGCUAUACAAAGUCUCGCUUUUGGUUAUUCUGGAACAUUGCGCAAACAUUUUUGCAAGAGGUAGCCGCUACAGCACAUUCAUCAGUUUCAGUCCAAGUUGUAAAGAGACGCUUUCAUUUGCAGGGGGAAGCAGAGGUCAUUGAGACUCAGCUAAAAACGUUAUCAGUCUACUUUCUUAUGAAUGGCGUGUGGAGUCAUAACGGCUUAAAUGUGACGUUAUCCGCAUCGAGCGAUAGUGACAUUUACUCUCCAGACAAGCUGUCAACUCAGCUUGACAUUAUAGCUACUCCUGUUUGGGAAGAUAUCCAGCUGCUUCAUCCGCCUGAGGUGGCUCUCCGAGAGAGCAGUGAGAUCGCACUGGAAACAACAAAGAUUUUAUACCCUGCUACGUAUAUAAGUAGCGUUGCUUUGAAGUUGAAAGUUCAAAGUGCAUUUGGCUUAGUUGGGUGGGACAAGAGAUUACGUGGUUCAGCUAUUGCAACCCGGCAAAUAUCGGAACAUGAAUUUGAGCUACGUGGGACCCUUGUAGAAUUGACUGCUGCUCUACCAAAUAUAAGGAUUGAUGAAAGCGAAGUUCAAAACAAUUUUUCUGCCUUUAUGAAAAAUUACGAGAACCAGACGUACGAAUUGCGCGCCACGGAAUUGACCAAAACGAAUAGUUUACAGACAAUAAGUAUUCUUUCCACUGAAGGUUUAGUAACGGGCGAUUUUGUUUUGGGGCUUGAUCUGCCAGCACGCAGCUUCUCUCAUCUAGAUCUGAAUCUUACCAAAGGAUUUUGUAUAUCAACCACCAUCGGAGCAAAUGAUGAUGUGGAAACUGUGUCACAAAAAAUUGCACAGAUGAAUUGUGUCGCAGUUGCUGCAAAUCCAUCAGAUAGAGUAUCUCGACACGAAAUCCAGUUUAUACGCGUCAACGCAAUGUUCCCUGCGCAAGUACACGAUUUGAUUGGAUCAUUUCGAAUUUCAUUUCGAGGAAUUUUAUCCGGCAUUAUUCCACUUUCAUCAACAGCCGAAGAAAUUAAAAUUACAAUUCUUGCGUUGGUACUUGAUGUGCAAGGUGUUGAGGUAUCUCGCAUUGAGUUACCAGAAGAAAACGGAUUUCAGUGGCAAAUCACGUUUGGAACGGUAGGAAGUGUUGAUGACCUUAUAUCGGUCAUCUAUAACGAGACAUCUCUCUAUUGUAAAAUUUCCGCUGGAGUGAUGCAAAAGGGUUGGCGUACUGCCGACUUAAAACUGAACGUACUUUAUCCGGCUUUGUCACAAUUAUUUUAUUGCGCAAAAGUAUCAAGUAUGGGAUCCUUAGCACUUGAGCUAUCAUUUCCGAAUGAGUUUAACGAUGUACCGGAUUUUUCUGUAUAUUCGAGCACGCUUACAUCCGUACAAACGUCACAACUGCUUAAUGCGACUGUGAUUAAAAGCACAAAACAUUAUAUUACGAGUGAGCCCAACUUCUUUCGGUUAUUAAUUCAAAACAAAAUGACAAUUCCACUGGCGUCUUGUGCGACCGCUAGUAGAAUCGAGCAUGCUAUUCAGAACUUGCAGAUUCACAAGCUACGUGUGUCCGUGCAGCGCAAAGCUUCCGCUUUCUUGGCAAAUCGGUGUGAUUAUACUGUGGUGAUGUCAGCUCCGACUCGUUUAACUUUGAGUUUGGUAGCGGAUAGUACGCUAUUUAAGGCAAUCCUUAUCAACCGUGGAAGUAAAAUUAAGAUUGCUCUGGACACAAUAUCGAUGUAUUUGGGAAAUUUGGAUGACUCCAAAUUGUUUUCCUCUGGAAAAUUGCACGUAUCGAUACCGAGGAUGGCAAAAAAACUAGGCAUUCAGCUUUCAGACACGAACCAACAAGUUGAGAUGAAUCAGACAAUGACGGUUGGUAUAAUUGACGUUCAAGGCUAUGCAGACGAACUUAAUUUCACCGCUUCAUGUACCAAAGGAAAUCUUCACUUGCAGGCCAAGCACGCAUUGCCAUUUUUUCCUGUGGAUAAAUUCGUGGACUCAAUGUUGACGAUCAGUGGCUCUUUCUCAGAUUUGAAAAGGUUGCUUCAAGUCAGUCAGAUCGUAUACACUCCAUUCUCUUAUGCCGUUGGCUUCGAUAAGAUUAAUUUUUCAGUUGUAUCCUAUGACGAUCGUGCAAUAGAAUUCUUACCAAUCAAGAUAAUUUUGCGACUGAGAUCCCCUAUAUUGCACUUGCCAGAAUCGCCAGUCUCAGUGUUCGAAAGUGAAUUUUUUCCUGUUACAGGAUUAAGACUGGACUCAGCAAAUAUUGAAAAUGACUACGUCAGACCUCAUUUUGCAAUUGUAAGGAUAUCAAGUCAGAGUGGCCUUGUGGAGAUUGUGCAUGACAGACAUGAUCACGACUCUAGCUAUAAUUCAAACAUCCAACUUCAGGGUGAUGCUGAGGAUAUAAAUGGCGUAUUGAAGUUAUUGAGCUACAGGUACCCUGCUGUUGGCGAUUUAAUAGAGGAUCACUUGCUUUUUACAUCUUUUUGGGCUGAUGAAGUUGGAGACAAACUCUCGCCUGUCGCUUAUUCAACUAUUUCUGUUAUGAUAAAUACAAGACCGCUGACAGUUCAAGUACUUUUUAAUCGCAAAGCUGUCGGCUCCGAUUUAUUGAUCACAACAACAAUGAAUAAGUCAGCAACACUCAAGGACCUGUCGCUCCAAGUCGAUGGUGGUGCGACUCAUUUGAGGCACUGUAACGAAUCACCAGUAGGUGUUGCCGAGUUCAAAACCUCAAUGUGCAACUUCACACUUCGCCUGUCACUUUUUACGGAGCACGGUUAUUUUUCAAACCACUCAGAGCCAUUUUUGCACAAAAAUCAAGAAACAUCGCUGGCUUCAGUUCAGUUUCUUGGAAGCGUGGCUGAGGCUAAUAGUUUUCUUCGACAGCAAAGCUAUGCUCCAGAUCCAAAUUAUUACGGGUUCGACCAAGUAGUGCUUGUUGUCGAAUAUACAAUUCAGAACGGGUCAGUGGUGGACAGUACAGAGACGUUGCCUGUGUUUGUCGCUCCUAUAUGUGAGGCACCUCAAUUGUUAUGGGCUGAUACCGGAACAAACUUAAAUUCGCAAACUUGCUUUACGUUCGCAACUUUUUUUUUGCCAGAAAUUCUGCUCGUUCGUGAGGGACUUAAAGAGGGAUAUUGUCACGACAAUGAAAUGUUUCGUAUGAUCGUUCAAGCUGAUACAUCUGCGCUUACAAUAAAAUCACGUUUAGUGACAGGGCUGAAUAACGAUCAGCAUCACCAAUGCUGUGCUGUCGAGCUAGCGGGAAAUAUUCGAGAGUUGACUUCGGCGCUUAGAUCUGUCGAAAUUCAAUUCGAAAUGACUCAAGUGACCUCGAUUUUAGAAUCUGCAAGCGUCGAAGUUCGCUUAGAACGCGAAUCAGCUUCAUAUAAUGAUUUGGCUAUCGUUUUAACCUCAGCAACUCUUCAGCUGAGAUUUGUUGAUAAUUUUUGGAGCUCAAAUAUGCUGAUGCGGGAAAGUAUCGAGAGCACUGAGGACACUGACGUGCUGAUCGGCAGUGAAAUAAACUUAGACUGGUUCACGUAUCUUUCAAAUAAUGAUAUUGUAAAUAUCAGUGUGCAAAACGGUGUUGUUUACGCAAAAGCAGAUAUUUCAUUUUUUGAAGCGAGUAAUAAUUUACAGAUUGAAUGCUCUAACAAGCGUUUCCUACGAUCAGUCAUGUCAAACUUGCACUAUAUUCCGGACCUGAACUUCAAUGGGAUCGAUGAAAUUCUAUUUAAAGCAAGGAACCGCGAAUUUAUCCUGUACAUACAUUUACAAGCCGAAAAUGAUCGGCCAGAGCUCGCGUUUGAUCAAAACGAGCUGAAGAAUUGGUUUAAUUUUUUUCGAAAGCUCAUUCCAACAAUUCACCUAGAAGAUCCAGACAAUCAUUUUCUUGAAUUCGAUAUUCAUAUUGACAAUGGAUCGUUAAUCCUUGACGAAUCGUUACCUCAUGCAUUGGAUGGUGUGUCGAUUAAAUCAGGUUCAUCAAAAUCAUCGCUACGGCUGAGCUCAAGUUUGGCCACGCUUAAUGUGUUUUUUCAUCAGCGCAUUAUUGAAGUAAUUCCGAACGAUUGCUCGAUAGAAGGGUUAAGGCGCGUUUUUUGCUCAAUGUCGAUUAAAGCAUGCGCUAAUGAUGGGACCAUUAACACUUGUCAACAACUGUAUCUACCUCAACAAGAACAUGUUUACCAAAUUAUCGUGUCAGAUCGAAAUGGAACCAUAAGUGUUUCUGCAGGGGAAAUUGUAGAUCUUUACGAUGUUUUCACAAUACAUCAAAAUUCUGAUGCGACAUUUUCAAACCUCAUCUUACGUGUUAAUGUGUCAUCCGGUUCGAUUAAAGUUGGUAUACCUACUUGCGCCGACUCACCUCCCCUUAAAAAAUUGCAUUGGUCGUCAUUGAUCAGAACGCAAAGCGUACAUGCACUGAAUACUGACUGCUUGAAUGAUGCACUGGCAACACUUCAAUUGCAAAGUGUCUACAAUUCGAAUGAUCCUAUUUUGAUUCAGCUCGAGCUACUUAAUGACUUCAUGCAGCUUUUAGCGAACGAAAGCGUUAUCGUAAAGGUUACCCCUAAAGUUUCAUCUAAGAAGUUUAUAUCCGUGAAGGCAGUCAAUGAUAAACCUUGGCUGCCUAAGCUAGGAGUCUACGUUCAUUUGUCGUCGCUUGUGGAUGUAUCGAUCGUCGCGGAUCGAGUAAGAAGCGUUCGAGCUGACUCAAGCACGGAAUUAGUACAGCUUGAAGUUUCUUGUUUGACUUGCGCUUGGAAGUACGAAACGUUUGUUCCAAGAGUAUCGUAUGAAUUUGCUCAGACUCCAAGCUGUAAGCUUAAAUUAAUUGGACCAAGUGAUGCGCUGAACAGAGUUCUGAAAACGCUCGAGCUUACUGUCACUGCUAGCAGCACUUUUAACGCCGAAGCAUACUUUUUCGAGGUGACACCAGCCUCUUCUGACAUUCUUACGGAAGAACAGUUCUGGCGUGAAAAUGCUAAUAUUUCUAUUUCAUACGUGAGUGAGCCCUCACGUAUUUGGUGGGAGGCACGACAGAAUUUAGUUCUUUUACAAUCUCCUGAAUAUACUGCAAACUUAAAUGGAGUCAAGCUCAAAGGUUUCGAGGAAUUUCCAUUCCUCAAUCUGACCAUUACGUUGUAUUGCACGCAUGGAGAGGCAACGAUAUUUAUUCCGCGAGUGAGAUCGACGAUGACAGGAAUUCCAUGUGGGUCUAGUAAGCCUGCUGUAACUUUGACUGUAGAGCAAUCUGAAGUGAAUUUGCUGUUGAGCUCAACGGUCAUUAGAGCAACGCGUGAUGCACGAGAACGUCGCUUUGAGUUACAGAUAACUGCAGUCAAAUCGGCCCAGAAAAGUUUUAGCAAUGAAACCUCAAUUAAGUUGCAAUUUCGCACAGUGCUGCAACCCUCAGUGUUUUCGCCGGAGCCACAGAAUGUAACUCUUGACAUUCAAGUAGAUGGUGACAAAGUUCAGCCGAUUGGAGAUCUCGUCGCUUUAGGUGGAGAAAUGGUUGACACAUUGUGGUUUAGAUUGAAUGUACGUAUUACAAAUGGGCAAUUGUUUGUCCCAUCCGCUGUUUGCUGUGUGAAUAUUCUCGAUACCAAUAGCAACAAUGAAGUUGACAUGAUUGGAAAACCAUCAGCGCUAAAACUGGCCCUGAGUUUAUUACAAGUUCAAAGCAUUAAUGUUUUUCGGGUGGUGAAUACGUUGAAGGUGACAAUUUCUCCUCAUACUUUAUAUAAUGUCGCCGAUUUCAUGAGAAGUCCAUCUAAAUACUAUCCUAUGCUGCGCCCAGUCAAUGUUUCUAAAAAUCUUCAACCCUUUCGAAAACGACUUGAUAUUCCAAGCAGCUAUCCGCUGGCGAAUUAUGAAGACAGCUGGAAUGUAUUGGACAAUCACAUAAGUGAUGACUUCGGCCAGCUUGUCGUGAGGGACGAUUAUCGCGAUCAGAAUUUACUGAAUACUCGAGCCAUUGAUACGUUUUUCGCGCCUGUGUGGCAGCUGGCUGAAAUGACUCACCGUACAUUUAUAGCAGGAGCUGUUGAGAAAAGUUUUAGCAGAAUUACCGCAAUAGAAAAAGAAUUGAGGAACGAAUGCAGUAGAUGUGUCAAUGCUCAAAUUUCAAGCUCCCAGCAGAUUAGAAACCACGUCAAACCAGCUUUUGUAUUGUCACAGCAGACACUAGAUCAGCUUGACGACGUCCCUAUUCCUCGAGUGAAUGUCCGUGCAAGUUUGAACUACGCCACCGAAGACUCCGCUUUUCAGUUUCCUGAUCUCGCUCUUCAAUUUCUUGACAGUGCGUCAGCUCGCUACACCUUCAGUUCCGCUGAUGAACAAAAUCAAUUACAAGCGUGGAACCUAACCUCACACCACGCAUUUCCAAGGUCUGUGAAUCCUCGAUCUUAUAUGGCUGAUAACCGUCUAUAUACAUUAGAUAUUCGAGUAAGUUGUGGAGCUAUAUACCUCAUCUGUUCAGGCAGUCUACAUGGACAUGAAGCUCUGAGUGGAGCUCAACAUCUGAAACUGGAGGGGACAGUAACUGAGUUGAAUCGCAAUUUAAGUUGUCUUGUAUACUUUACUGCUAAAAAGUGUAACGAGGAGCAAUAUCCUGGAGGACAUAUUGUAGAUUGGAAAUUUGCCGUAUCUUUUCGUAACAAUUCAGUCGAGUCAUUCGCAGACCUGGUCAUCAUGUCGAAGGCGAAUACUCCUAAAAUUCUAAUCUCUCAUGCUUUCGCGGAUUCAUCUUGUUCUAUGGAUGACUUCUUGUCAUUCAUCAAGACUGAAUGUUUGCCUCUCGAGUGCGACGAGGACAGUCCAGUAAAACUUGGUGGAUUUCAAGUGCAAAGUGGCGGUACAGUACAUCAAGCAUCAAGUGAAAGAUUGAAUACCAUAAAAAUUACUGUUUCUCAAGGAGUGCUCUCACUUGGCGACAAUUUGAGAUCAACCUGCAUGAAUAGGUUUGAAGGAGUCCAGGCAUCAAAACAGAUAUCAUUCACAGCCAAUGUUGAUUGUGUGAAUAAGAUGCUCGCGAGAAUUGUAUAUGUUGGUGAGCCUGACUUUAGUGGUACUGACCAGCUAAAAAUUCAUUUGUCAAAUCAUGAUGAAAUAUUCGACGAAGUGAUAGUUCCAAUCAUUGUGCACGAAAUAAAUGAUGCACCAUAUAUUGCCGUCGACUCAAGCUAUUAUGAAGCAGAUGAAGAUGUUUCUCUCGUGAUCGAUGGCUUUCACCUUCGUGACCCUGACGCUCUCAAUAACAGUCUUCGUGUAAUUUUGGAGACCAAAUAUGGACAGCUUGCCUUAUUGAGGCAAAAUGGAGUACAAGUGACCGCUGAAGCAAAAGAAAGUGUCGGUAAAGUUGCCUUUCGAUUGACACUCGAAGGAACGCUGAGGAACCUUGAUACCGCCAUUACCUCUGUCAUUUACACUUCAGCAAAAGAUUGGAAUAGUUUGCAGUAUCUACCGGACGGUGGAAAACUCGACUUGAAUGGAUUUGAUAUGAUAACUAUUAAUUCUUCUGACUCGUCAUCAUUUAAUGGGUCAAGCUUAUCGGUUAUAUAUGUUUACGUUAACCCAAAGCCUGAUCCAGUCCUCAUAAAUGUUCCAUAUGCUGAAAGUCGACCGGGAAUACUGCGUGGAGACGAGGAUACCUGGAUUGAAGUCAAAGGUCUAGCGUUUUCAAGUGCAGAUGAUACCUCACAAGUAACUUUACUUGUUUCGAUAUCGGUGACUCAAGGCAUUCUUUCAUUAUUACAAGUUCGUGGUUUAACCUUUUUCGAGCAAACUACUGACUACAAAACACUGAAGAUCAAGGGCACAUUUGCUUGCAUCAACGCAUGCAUAAAUGCUCUGCGCUAUCUUCCAGACAAAGACUUUUUCGGCCAAGAUUCGCUGGGAGUAACUGCCGUUGCUAUCGAUGAGUACACCCAGCAGCAAACUCCGUCAUCAUUUAUCUCUGUCGUCAUUCUAGUCAGUGCAAUCAAUGAUGCACCUGUAUGGAAUAUCGGCUCAUCGACCACUCGUAAAAUUUAUCGAAAUCAAGCAAUCAGCAUUUCAGGGAUAUCAUUUCAUGACGUCGAUAUUGAUAAUAUGAACUGCACGAUUGAAUCAUGUGAGCUGGAUCUACAAAUUGAGGCCAGCGAUGGCUUUGUGGUAGUAUCAGAUCAAUCAAACUUUCGAUCUCAGAACCAAUCAAAAACAACAUACAUUGUUCUUUCUGGUACUACUCAUGAGUUAAAUACGUUACUAUCACGAGCUACAUUUGAACUCGCUACAGCGCAAUACAAGCGUGCUGGUGGCUCAAUUGAUGCUAAACUACGAUUGACUGUUGACGAUAGAGGUGCUUCUGGUUAUGGUGGACCUCAAAUUAGCACAACGACGAUUUUAUUCAACCUCCUCUCCUGGUCUCACUCUGAAUAUUUACUCGUUGCGCCAGAUCACGUGCUCACUCUAAAAGAGGAUACAGCUAUUGUAUUUAAUGGAAACCUGAGGCUUGACAACCCUGGCUCGUCGCGAUCAUAUUUUGAACUUCUCGAACUAACGAUCACUAGCAAUAAUGGCCAUUUUGCUCUAGAAAGCACAAGAAUUGGGGUCCAAAUUUUGCAAAAUGAUUCGGACGGUAAAGUCGUGCUUCGGGGCUCUUUUACCCAAUUAAAUGCUGCCUUAAAUGGAAGCUCCUAUAUCCCCAGGGUAAACCGGUAUGGCUCAGAUGAACUUUCUUUGUCGUUGCUGGAAAAUGCUCUUGUUGAAGGGCCGAAAAAAAAAAUAGAUUUGUCAAUUUACUUGUAUGUCACUCCUGUUUGCGACGAGCCCUAUUGGGAAGCUCGUACUGACUUUCCAUUGAUAAUGAAAGAAGACGGAUACUUACCAAUCAAUUCAACGUUUCUAGUAAACCCCGAUCGAGAUGACGAUCGUCAAGUUGAGGUGACUAUCCGAGUCGCGCAUGGCGGCGUGAUGUUAUCAGUGACAGAAGGUCUGCUUAUUCAGCACACUUUGUUCAGCACUUCUGAGGAACAGUUGGUCGCUUUACACGCUCCUCCAGGCGACACUUUUUUUAAAUCACGUUUCUUUUAUAAAGAGCUAAUUUUUCGUGGCCAAGUUGGUGAUAUUAACGCUGCUUUGAAAGAAAUGGUCUUUAAUCCUUGGCUCGACUACAAUUCUGAUGGCUGGCCGAUGGACGAAAUAGUGCUGGAGGCAACAAGUUUUUGUGGCAACUUGAAAGAGACGACUGCAAACCGCAUGACGAUUCCAAUCGCUGUACUAGCAGUCAAUGAUCCGCCGAAACUGAUUUCGCACCAUUUCGAACUUAUUGGAGCGUUAGAUUCUCUUGACACAACAUCGUGGCAAUCUCCGAUUUUGGCCUCUGAAGGAAUUUCACAGCGGAUAGAGUCAAGCGAGAUCUACGACCCCGAUGAUGAUGUCGGUAGAAAUCUUCGACUUCUUGUCAAUAUCUCAUGUUAUCAUUGCUCAAUAUCUAGGGAACUACUAACUCAGCGUACUGAGAUUGAUAGCGAUGAUCUUAUUGUGGUAACUCAAAAUUCAAGCAAUGUUGACGGUAUCCAGCUCAUAGUGCACGGGAAAGUAGCGUCUCUUAACAUUGGUGUAAUGAGUCGGCUUGUCUUGCGAAGGAUGGAUAAUUACAAUGGACUUGCUUUCGUGGUGGUAGAAAUAUCAGAUUUGGGAAACUUUGGAGAAGGAGGUUCACUAAGCGCGACUUAUGUACUAUGCGUUGAAGUUAACCCCAAAAGCGAUAUUUCCCGAGCCCAAACUCUGUCACCGGCAGACAUUGUUGACGACACGGGCACAAUUGAUCUAGAAAACGAGUUUUUAAGCAAUAUGCAGGCUGAGCGUCUCUCAAUUAAUGCCCCCCCUACAAUUUCUAUGGCUUCGACUUUCUACGUUCCAAUGAAUAAUUGGGUCUCCCUCUCAGGCAUCGAGAUUUUUGAUCGAGAUUCGGGAAAUGGUUUGAUCUAUGUUAGCAUAGCAGUUCACAAUGGCAAGCUUCGAGUUUUGGUAUCCCCAGGAGGACCAACACAACUCAGCCUGCUAGACUUUUCACAAGAGCUUAAUUUUGCAACUACUCUGAUGCAAGCAAAACAGAUAUUUGUGACUCUAGAAUAUAUGUGCGACGACAGCACUGGCUGUUCUAGCUUGCUGCACGACUAUCUAACAGUCCACGUCGACGACAAUGGAUAUACUGGGACGCAAGGGCCGAAGAUUGCCACAAAGCGCGCUGAAGUUGUCGUGAUAGGUGAAGUCUAA